AUGGCAAAUGUCUACGGAUAUUUAGAAUCUUGGUGUCCUAGUCGGUUUCCAUUCCUCUCCAAAGUUAUUACAUCCACUAAUGCCGGAGCAGUUAUAGGAUAUAAUCGAAGAGGUAUCAAUAUAUACAAGAGUAUUUAUGGCCGAAACCUAUUAGACGAGAAGACGGCAGAGUAUACGAGACCGCGGAAGAGUACUUCUAUAGGCCAUUCUUUGACGAAAAAGGUAUUACGGGGUUCCUAUCUCGGUCGAAUUAUUCUCAAACUCACGAAAUAUCUUAGGUCGCUUCCUCUACGAAAACCUAAUCCCCGACCGCAAACUAGGCGAUAUAGCUUUAUUCCCUUGAGAGGAGGAGAAGGAAGCAUUUUUAGACCUCGCUAA